CCCGGGGGUUCGAGCAGCUGUGCCAUGAAGGUCGCUUAAUGACCAGCAGCUUAACGACGUUCUACAUUACUACCAGACCUCAGACCGGAAUAUGGGAUUCCACGAAAAGCCUCUUCGGGAGACUACGGAGCUCAUUGAGCGCUGGACGGAGAGUGACCUUGUUGAUGCCUGCAGAAAGGACCAUCAAGCAGACCCGCUGGCUUCCGACCACAUAGAGUCGUACCACCUACUCAAGAGGGACCCGCUCUGGUGCGGUCUUCUCCUCUACAACUUUCGAAUGGUCGCUUACGAAGGAGCCAUCGUGUUGACGAACUCUUUCUUCAGCAUCCAAGCGGCAGCACAUUUAUACAAUGCUCUGCGCCAAAUGCAGAUACUCGAACAGUGCUGGACCGACAUGGAGUAUGUUUUGAAAGCGCACGAGAUCACCGAGAUCUUUCUCGGCAGCCUGCCGUGCUCCCCUGCAGACUAUUUCAAACAUUUCCUUCUCGCCUAUGGCGUGUCCGCACAAUCAUUCGCGCGCAACCAACGUCCAACAGACCGUCUUGCAGGGUCGCCAAGGAAUGCUAAGAAGCUGCAGAGACGCGUCCCGGUGUGCGAGGUCUUCAAGAAUCGCUUCUGUAGCAAUGAUGGUCGGACGAGCUUCGAGCCGGAACAUCUAGAUAAUGUUCUCCUGCCUCUUUGGGAAUGCAAGGGACCGGGUCAGAUUCGAAAUGACCUUUGCGCAUCCCUGAUACACAUGGCUGUUGAAAUGCACGGAGGGUCACGAGAGCUGGCUUUCGGCUACUUCAACGUCCAUAAGACUUGCUGCAGGAUGCUGUCAAGCCUUGUCCACAGCCUCUCCGACAAUAAUGCGGAUAUGCGUUAUCUGCGGUCGAACCCCAAGCAUCUACCGGAGUCAGUCGGUGUACUGUUGGCGGACAAUGUCAAUCAAGGACCCUCACGUCUGUCAGGUCCCACCAAAGACACAUAUACCGCUGCGGCACUAGUGGAGCAGAUUCUGCGGACGGCUGGACAAGUGGGACUUGCGAAUAUGAUUGUAACCUUAGUUGGGGCCUCACCAAGACCAGCCGCCCGUGCGAAUGCGCCGCUGCACGACGAAGGACACCCCGUACGGAGACGAAGCCAGUCUGCGGCGGCUCUCUAAUCGGUGCGCUUUUGCGUGAAAAGGUAAGGAGGCGGUGGGCAAGCAACCCUUAGCGUUGGACCUGCUCGACCGGAGACAGGUAGGCUGUUGUCUGAGAUCGUGCCUCAAAAGGACACAAGGCUGCCAG